ACCACAGCAGCCCACAGACACACACCCAGAAGAGAGGAGACAGAUAGGAAACAGAGGAGAGACAGACAGGAGGCAGGGGGGAGACAGGGGGGAGACUCAGUGACUAACCAAACUGGAAUGAAAGUGAGGAAACAGCACGGCAGGAAAGGAAGAGCCAGAGCCUAGCAGAAAAGCAAUAUUUGCCUUAACUGUGCAGAGCGUAGAAUUUAACACAAAGCAAAGGGGCAAGAGAGUGACACCGACUGAGACCUUUGCAGACACAAAACAUCUGCUGAAUACCUGGAGUUUCAGAAACACCAGGAUAUAUCAGAGAAUGACGAAGGUCUAAACUCUCAUCAUCAGGGUAUAAACCUCCACCUGGUCAAUGUCAUCAGUCUGACCUCAGGAUCUGGAUGUUCAUGUGGUGGAGACCUACCUCGCAUUCUCAGAGAAGGAAGACAGGUUAAAGAAUAGAGUGUAUUCACAUCUUCUCUUACUGCUACUGUGAGAGUUGAGAGACAGUGAGACAAAUCCUCAGAACUGCUCCACCAAUCACACAGUGAGUAAACACAUCUCAUUGUAAUCGUUAUGGGUGUCCAGGGAUGGCGGGACAUGGAAACUCAAACUAAACAUCCUAACAAAGAUCAUAGUCAACUUUUUUCCAGCUCAUAGGGUUAUUGCUUCUAGAGCAUCUGAGGGAUAUGAUAUGUCUCUCUAAUAUGGUCAUACAUUGGACAGGAGGUUAGGAAGUGCAGCUCAGUUUCCACCUUAUUUUGUGGGCAGUGUGCACAUAGCCUGUCUUCUCUAGAUGUCACAGUCUUCAGAUACUGAUUUUAGGAUUCUACUAUAAAGGAGGGGCUCAUAAGAACUAUUUUAGUGAGUGGUCUGGCAGAGAGCCUCAAUCUCAUGACGCGCGCUCCCGACAGAGUUUGCUCUCGUUCCAAUGCUUUUCUUCAGACAAUGCAAUUCUCCGGUUGGAACCUUAUUGAUGAUUUAAGUUAAAAACAUCCUAAAGAUUGAUUGCAUACAUCAUUUGACUUGUUUCUACGAUCUGUAACGGAACUUUUUGACUUUUUGUCUGGAGGAAGUGCUCGCGCCUCAUAAAGAUGGAUUACUGGUCUGAACACGCUAACAACAAGUGGCUAAAUGAUGGGCUUUAUGGAACUUUGUGGAACAAAUUUAUUGUCAAACUGGGAUUCCUGGGAGUGCCUUCUGAUGAAGAUCAUCAAAGGCCUAGGGAGGAUGAGUCUGCCGAGGAACCGGACCCUGGAGAACGGCAUCACCCAGCUGCAUCACAUUAACAAUGGGGAACCUCUGUCUUCACUGCAAUUCCACCUCCAGAACACAGGCUCUGUGACCUCUGUGCCAGGGUCGCCCACGGGGGGGUCAGGGGUGGUGGUGCCACCCCCGUACUCAGUAGCGGGCAGCGUGGCGGGGGCUACGGACGCCUCUCUGGAGCUGAGAGGCUCUCUGGACUGCUGGGCGUGCUCAGUACUGGUGACGGCUCAGAACCUGAUCAUCGCGCUGGUCAACAGUACGCUGGUCAGUAUCGUGUUCGGCACUAUCAUGACCCCAGCGCUGGUUAUGGUUGUGUUUGGCUUCCUAUGUCACUCUACGGUGCAACCCAAUGGCACGUCCCUGUACUGUUCAGACCUGCUGGAUGAUGGUGGCUGUGUGGCCCUGCUGGUGGUGGGCUUCAUCCUGGUCACCCCCCUCCUGGUCCUGGCUCUGGCUGCCUACUGUCGCCUGGCCCGCCACCUCCAGCUGGGCCUCUGUUUCAUCCCCUACAGCAGGGCCGUCUACAAGAACCUGCCUGCCUCGCGCCAACGUGGAGGAGGCUUCUGCGGCCAGCAUGGGGCCUCAGAGGGGGAGGGCAAAGGCAGUGUGUGGGUGUGAGGGGAGGGAUAUGUUGACCCUAACCACUGAUGCAGGGUCAGAUAACAUUUUCUUCCCUCUUAAGGUUAAGGUUAGGAUUGGGGAUCAAGUAAUCUGAUCCUAGAUCUGUAGUUAGAGGCAACUUCUACCUUGAGCAGGGAGGGAAGAAAUGUGAAAGAAAGGAAAAAACAGGGCAUGAGGGUAGUAGGGAAAGUUGAGGUGUGGACUCGUGGAGAUUAUGUUUAUGGACACAGUUAUAAUAUGCCUAUGAGUCUUGGGGUGGUGGUGGUGUGGAGGUGGAUCUUACAAUACACUGGUUUGUAGAUUGCAGAGAGCAAAGGUGAAGCUGUAAAAACAUAAGUAUGCUACAUGAAGUACUAUCAAAUACCACCUUAACUACACUGCAAUUAUUUGUUAUUAUGUUUGUUUUUUACGUUGAAUUAUCCUGUACUAUUAAUAAAUUAUGUUUGUUUAGAAUAAAAUAUUUCCAUUAUAUCAGAAAAGGUGUUUUGUCUUCUAGAAAUAACUACAAGUGAAUCAGUUUCUCUCUGGCAUGAAAUGACAACAUCUCCCUCUAGUGGAGCACGAGAUUCCAACUGCCAUUACAUCACCUCACAAACCUGUGGGUUACCAAGGCUACUAUCUCUCUGAUGCCAUAUGGCAGCUGUCAAAUAUUGACUCUUUAAUCAAAGUUUUAAUUACAUAUUAAUUCCAAGCAAGAACAUCAUAGAAAUAUGUUAUACAGAAUGAAAACGCUUUUAUAGCAUAACUUCACUCAGUAACUGGAAGGGUUUGCUUGUAUUCACUUGUCUGGCUUGAAUAGAAUGAUGAC